AUGCCACCAAAGGGUUGGAGAAAGGAUUCACAGGGAAACUACCCCACAACUUCGUACAUAAAGGAACAGGAGAACAUUACCAUUGAAGACUUAUUGUUUCCCCGAAGUACGGUGGUCCAGUUAGCCAAAGAGAUACAUCAACAGAACGGAAAGAAGCUAGUUAUUAAUAAGGAUGCUGCCUUAGCAUUACAAAGGAGUGCCACCGUGUUUGUGAACCAUCUCCUUUUGUUUGCCAGAGAAUACGCGAAGGAUCAAGAUCGAAAGAGUUGCAAUGUGGAUGAUGUGUUGAAUGCAUUGGACCACAUUGGUCAUGGUGGGUUCAAGACCAUUGUAAGGAACAAGCUGGAGGACUAUCAGUAUGUUAUGGAGUUAAAGAAGCAGCAAAGGAAGCUACAGACGGAGACUGAGACUGACCAGCAGGAAGGCGAGCAGGAAAUGCCAGCAGCAGAAGCAGAACCAGUUGAAGAGGGGAAUUCUGAAUCCACGGAAGGUACUAGUGAGAACAAGAAGGCCAAGACGGGGAGUCCCGAUGGAACAGCCACAGCAGAGAUCGUAGUACCACCUUCAGAGGAGAACAGUGAGGCACAACCAGACAUAGAGAUGGACACCGCAUAG